AAUUGUUAUAUCUGUCAAUCUUAUUCUGUGAGUAAUUUAUGUCGAAAGCCCAAUAAAUUUAAUCGGAAAUAAUUUAAAUACAUUGUUUGGUAAUAAACAAAGUUUUAUAUUUAUUGCUUGCAAAACUAUGUUGAAGCCAAAAGCUCUUACACAAGUACUUAGUCAAGCGAAUACAGGUGGAGUAGAAAAUACAUUAUUAUUAAACAGAGAUGGUGGUUUAUUAGCUUAUAGUGGUUAUGGAGAUAAAGAUGCAAGGGUAACUGCUGCAAUUACAAGUAAUAUUUGGUCAGCUUAUGAAAAAAAUGGACGAAAUGCAUUUAAAGAGGAUGAAUUAAAAUUUGUUUUAAUGGAUUGUGUGGAGGGGAAAGUGGUAAUCACUGAAGUAGCAAAUUUGUUGUUAUGUUUAUAUGCAAAAGAAAAUGUAGGAUUUGGUUUACUAAGAGAAAAAGCACAAGCUCUAGCAAGAUAUCUUGAUCAACCAUUAAAAACAAUAGCCAAUAUGCCUUGA